UAUUGUGAAAAAUACGCUUAGCACGUUUACCUAGUAAAAUAUUAUUAAAAAUCUGAGCUUUUUCGAAGUAGAGCCUUCAAAGAGCCGCGUCAACCAUUGCUAACUAUAGUUAACUAUUAGCCAGAAACUGAAUAAAAAUGGGUACCCUCACACCACUGUUAUCCGGAGCUCUCACCUGCGACGCGUGGGAAUCUUGCCUUCUUCUGGGAAAGCAAACAAAAUAGGGAUUUUCACGUUCUGCAGUUUAUAUGGAUGCUCUACCGUUUUCUUGGUAUUCUGUGCUUCUUACCGCUGGUUCAUUUCUUUUGUUCUUCUCUAUCUGGAGAAGAAAGAGGAGGACAUGGCUUCCUCUGCCUCCUGGACCUCCUGCUUGGCCUGUUGUGGGAAACCUCUCUCAGCUGGGAAAGAGGCCUCACCAGUCUCUCUAUGCCCUCUCUCUCAAAUACGGCCCAUUGAUGACUCUCCGUUUGGGCAUGAAAACAACAGUGGUCGUCUCCACUCCUGCCAUGGCCAAGGAGGUUCUCAAAACGCACGACCACAUCUUAGCCGGGCGGACGGUGUUAGAAUUCGCCAAAUCUCUGUCCCAUCACAAGUCUUCCCUGAUUUGGGGAGAAUACGGACCUCACUGGCGCAAUCUCCGACGUAUUUCAACUGUUGAGCUUUUCAGCCCCAAAAGAAUGGAAGCUCUAGAACACUUCAGAAGAGAUGAGGUAUUUCACACAAUUCGACUCAUUUUCGAGGAGAAGGGAAAGGUAAUAGAUAUUGGGCGGACUGCGUUCUGCACGUCUCUGAAUUUGUUAGGCAAUAUGAUCUUCAGCACAAGCGUCUUCGAUCCACUCAAUCCGGCUUCUGCGGGGUUCAAAAAUUCCUUCUCGGAGAUGAUGAAGCUCGGUGGAACGCCCAAUUUGGCUGACUUUUUCCCGAUUCUCCGGUUCCUCGACCCCCAAGGUGUUUCCAGGGAGACGGCCAAGCUUUUGAAAGGUGUGUAUGAUUUUGUGGAUUUGUUCAUACAGAAAAGGCUCGCCUCUGCUAGCGAAAGCCUUGAGCAGAAUGACUCCAAGAAGGAUUUUCUGGAUGUACUGCUGGAUUUCAAAAGCGAAGAUUUCACGCUCGUUGAUAUUCGAGCCUUGAUAACCGACUUGUUUAUUGCAGGUGCCGAAACGAGCACUACAACAAUAGAAUGGGCCAUGGCAGAAUUCAUUCGCAAUCCGCAGAAACUAAACCGAGUCCGACAAGAAUUGGAUGAAGUAGUUGGUUGCAAUAGAAGAGUGGAAGAAUCUGAUCUAGAUCAUUUGCCUUAUCUACAUGCGGCUGUGAAGGAAAUAUUCCGAUUGCAUCCGACUGUUCCUCUUCUGCUCCCCCACAAAGCUGAGAGCUCCUGCGUAAUCGGGGGAUUUGUGAUACCCAAAAACAGCCAGGUGAUGGUGAACGUGUGGGCAAUUGGGAUGGACCCUGCAAUUUGGAAGAGUCCUUCAGAAUUUGUGCCGGAGAGAUUUUUGGAGGGUGAGAAUAGCAAGAUUGAUUACAGGGGACAAAACUUUGAGCUGAUUCCAUUCGGAUCGGGAAGAAGAAUUUGUCCAGGACUUCCAUUGGCAAGUCGUAUGAUUGAUUUUGUUUUGGCUUCUUUGCUUCAUUCCUUUGACUGGAUACUUCCAGAUGGGAUGAACUCCGAACAGUUGGACAUGGCGGACGAGUUUGGACUUACUUUAAAGAAGGGCGUAGAAUUAAAUGCUAUCCCUGUACCCCGUCUGCCACAUCAUCUAUACUAGUGCUCGGCGAGAAGUAUUGACCUAUGAAUAACGUUGAUCGUUUUGUUUU